GAAUAUAACGGAUAAAAGCCGCCACCAAUCGUUUGAAAAUUCAAAUGCAUCGAUGAAGGUGUUCAUUACUUCAGUAUUUGUUUUUUUUAAGUUUCAGAAAUAUAAAUUCUAAUUUCAACCAAUUAUGACCAAUAUACUUAUUAUUGUCACUGGUUCGGUCGCAGCAAUCAAACUCCCAAUUUUGGUAAAGAAAUUACAACAAAAACGUCUAACCAAUGGCAAUUCGUUUCAAAUUCGUAUUGUUUUGACUGAACCAAGCCUUCAUUUUUUUAAACUUGUCGAAGUUGAAAAUUUAUUACCAGCCUGUUCCAUUUUUCGAGAUGCAGAUGAAUGGUCAAAAUGGAGACAAAUGGGUGAUCCUGUACUUCAUAUUGAAUUAAGAAAUUGGGCCGAUAUUGGCGUGAUUGCGCCAUUGGAUGCAAACACAAUGGGAAAAAUAUCUAACGGUAUUUGUGAUAAUUUGGCUUCUUGUAUAAUACGCGCUUGGGAUAUGAAUAAACAGCUGUUAUUUGCACCGGCUAUGAACGUUUAUAUGUGGAAUCAUCCGAUAACGGAAAAAUGCAUUAAAGUUUUAAAAGAAUUAGGCUAUAUUCAAAUUGGACCGAUUUCUAAGAAGCUAGCCUGUGGUGAUUAUGGAAUGGGAGCCAUGGCAGAAGUUGAUCAAAUUAUAACAAAAAUUAUGGAAUUUGUAAAAUAAAAUAAGCUUUAAUCAAACAUCAAUUAUUGGCCA